CUUUUGUUGCUUAUAGAAAGUCAAUGACAGUGAUGCUCACAAUAUUGUCCUAUCAUAUCUUGUGCAUAACUGUUUCAAUGAGACAGCAGAGACCUUUCUUGUUUGUACUGGAAUGAAGCAGCCUGUCGAUUAUCUUGUGGACAUGGACAAAAGAAAAUCAAUAGUCCAUUUUGCGUUGGAUGGAAAUGCUCUCAAGGCCAUAGAGCUGACAGAACAACUAGCACCGAACUUACUGGAAGAUGACAAGGAUUUGUAUUUUGAUCUAUUAAGCCUUCACUUUAUUGAUCUCGUUUGUUCAAGGAAAUGCACAGAAGCUUUGGAGUUUGCUCAAACCAAAUUAACACCAUUGGGGAGGGUGCAUAAGUAUGUUCAGAAAUUGGAAGACCUUAUGGCUCUAUUAGCUUAUGAGGAGCCUGAAAAAUCACCUAUGUUUCAUUUACUGAGCUCCGACUACCGACAGAAUAUUGCAGACUGUCUGAAUCAAGCUAUCUUGGCACAUGCCAAUCUGCCUAGCUAUUCUUCAAUGGAAAGGCUGAUACAGCAAGCAACUGUGGUUAGACAAUUCCUACAUCAGGAGCUCAGCAAGGAUGGGCCUCCAAAAUUUUCUCUGAAAGCCUUUCUGAAAAAUUAGAUGGAGAUCGCAUGCUCUGACCUACUUACUGUGAGCAUGGCUUGUUUCAUUUUCCUUCAGAUUACUGUGUGCUGCCCGUGAUUUUUGUACAAGGUCCAGUCAUGCAGAAUGUAGUUGCGAUAGCUUGGCCAAUGUAAAUGUUAUAUAUGGGAAAACAAUCAUAUGCAUCUCUUUUUCUGGUGUCUUGUUAAUUGUUAUGCAUUCUUUUUAAAAAGAAGAUCACUGGUUUAAAGCCAGGCGGUUUCUCAUCUGAGAAAGAUGGCUGUUGCUUGUUGAGUGCAUGCUGUGAGAAAGUUGGGAUGUCGGGGUCUUUUUUUCUAUUUAUUCUAAAUGUAACUCAAACUAGCAUGUGAGGAGAAGCAAGCAGAAGCUAUUCUAUCUUGCUCCACAAUUGUUAGGCCUUUGCAAUUUUUUAUUUGUUGAAUGCCAGAGUAUUAGAGGCAUCUUAAUGGCUUUGAGUUGGCAGCAACAAAAAUCCUCCUCUGAUCAAUGAUGAGUUGAUUUUUCUUAAUAAAUCUGGACUCUUGCAAAGUCGUCACUGAAGUGCUUUGAAUUCUGCUGCAACGUGUUGGCGCACUACUUAAGGGUUGCUUGAGUUUGACCAAACCGUUAUCAGUUCCAGCUUCAGAAAUUCCCCAGUUUGACAGCAUCUUCAGCAGAUUAGCGUAGGCAUGUAAAUGGGCUGGCCGCAAGCCGACAUCAUCGACAAAUUCACUGAGCCCAGCCUGAACAGAUGCCUUGACAACACAACCGAGAGGAUCAAGGUGCCCUGAAAGUUAAUAAACAUCGUGCACUUCAAAAGCUGAUGUAACCUCUUGUUUUCUAACUGUCUCUGAGACUUUUCUUCGGUGGAAAAAUUAGUUUAUCUGCUUACUUUUCAUUCUAGCACCAAUGGUGACUCAAUGCUUUUGUCUAUUCUUAUCAGACGGCCAUGGUUAACCUGGUUGCCGGCUGGUUAUACAUGACAGGAAAAAUAUGGUCAGAUUGAGACAGUUUGGGAUUA